AUGUCUGUACCGUACGACCGCGCCAUGGACUUGCUGAGCAACAGCCAGAAUGGCCAUGUUUCCGCCUCUCAGCGCAUUCCCGCCAUCGCGCGGCCAUUCGUCAGCGAGAGAGCGGCGAAGACUCUCGAUAUCGUAGAGAAGUUUGUCGAGGAAGAAUGCAUCCCCGCCGACGCUGUUUACGUGCGCCAGAUCGGCCAGACAGUCCAAGAGCGCUUUUCGUCACAUCCAUCCAUAAUCGAGGACUUGAAGAAGCGGGCACAAGAACUCGGACUGUGGAACAUGUUCCUGCCCAAGGCACACUUCAAGGAGGGUGCUGGUUUCAGUAACUUGGAGUACGGACUCAUGGCUGAGUACCUGGGCAAGAGCAGGACAGCGUCUGAGGCUGUCAACUGCGCUGCUCCUGAUACCGGCAACAUGGAGGUCAUUGCCAAGUACGGUACCGAGGCACAGAAGAGGAAGUGGCUGGACCCGCUGCUCCAGGGCAAGAUCAGGUCUGCGUUCUUGAUGACGGAGCCCCAGGUUGCGUCGAGUGAUGCUACUAACAUUGAGAUGACCAUCAAGAAGGACGGCGACCACUACGUCUUGAACGGCCAGAAAUGGUGGUCAUCAGGCAUUGGCGAUCCUCGCUGCAAGAUCUUCAUCGUCCUCGGAAAGACAGACCCCAACAACUCUGACAAAUACAAGCAGCAAUCCGUCAUCCUCGUCCCCAACGACACACCCGGUGUGACGAUCCACCGCAUGCUCUCAGUCAUGGGUUUCGACGACGCGCCCCACGGCCACGGCCACGUUACCUUUGAGAACGUCCGUGUCCCCGCCAGCAACAUGGUGCUCGGCGAGGGCCGCGGUUUCGAAAUCAUCCAAGGCCGUCUUGGACCCGGCCGUAUCCACCACGCCAUGCGCAGCAUCGGAUCUGCCGAGAAGGCGCUAGAAUGGUUCCUGGCGCGCAUCAACGACGAACGCAAGAAGCCGUUUGGCCAGCUGCUCAACAAGCACGGCAUCAUGCUCGAGCGCGUCGCUCGCUCCCGCAUCGAAAUCGAUGCCGCGCGUCUUGCCGUCUUGAACGCUGCUAUCAAGAUUGACGAGACGAAUGCAAAGGGCGCGCUCAAGGAGAUUGCAGAAGUCAAGGUCCUUGUUCCCGAAGUUAACCUCAAGGUUAUCGACUGGGCGAUGCAGGCUUACGGUGGUGCGGGUGUUAGUCAGGAUACGCCGCUCGCGCAGAUGUGGUCGAGUGGUCGUACGAUGAGGAUUGUGGAUGGGCCGGAUGAGGUGCAUCUGUUGCAGCUGGGUAAGAAUGAGAAUAAGAGGGGACUGGCGCAUAAGCAGAGGAUUGAGGCGCAGCAGAAGAAGGGUGAGGAGUUAUGCAGGAAGUAUGGUAUUGAGCCGAGGGAUCCGUUGUACCUUAACAGGACGAGUGGGGAGGCGAGUAAGCUGUAG